GAUGCUGGUGGUACUUUCAUGGUUUACUAUAGAUGGGGGAGAGUAGGUGUUAAGGGUCAAAACAAGAUACAAGGCCCUUACACAUCCCGUGACAGCGCAAUCAAUGAGUUUAAACAGAAAUUCUAUGACAAAACCAAGAAUGAUUGGUCCAAUCGUAAAAUGUUCGAGUCUUUCCCGCACCACUAUAUGUGGAUAGAAAUGGAUUACAACGAAGAGGAAAAACAAUUGUCUGUAGAAGAAAAGAAUGACUCUGCUUUAAGAGGUCAACCUCUGGAAACACAACUUGAGCCUCGCAUUGCAAAGUUUAUAUCUCUUAUAUGCAACAUCAGCAUGAUGAAGCAGCAUAUGAUGGAAAUAGGAUACAAUGCUGAUAAGUUACCUCUUGGUAAGCUUAGCAAAUCAACAAUUUCAAAGGUAAGCUUUUACCUCUUGGUAUUCUGGUUGAUUUCUAGAUAUGAUAAGGAGAAAUCUUGAACAACUGGAAAGGAUACUUUGUGUUGUCUAAGUUAACUGGAAACAAUUUGGAACUGU